UAUUCCAUCUAACAUCACUGCUCGAAACACAUAAUUACGUUCUUCGCCCUUAUCCUAGUGGUUUUAUCGAUUCAACCUCUGAACUCCAAAGAAGCUACUAAUGUGACAGAAUGAUGACAGAUACAGAGUAGAAAGGUGUUUAAUUAGAGGUUAUUGUAUAGAUUUGUUCUAUAAUUUCAAUUAGAUUACAUAGGUGUAAAUUGUAAAAAUGGCAAGCAACGCAAUAACUUCAUUCCCUGAAGAAAUAAUCGUGUAUAUCUUGGAAGAUAAACGCCUGAACUUUUGCGACGUGGUUAAUUUCAGCUCGACAUGCAAACAUUUGUAUAAAAUUGUCAACGACAGUAAUAAACUUUGGAAGACAAAAUUUUUUCAAAGAUGGCCGCUUUUAAAGGAAGCAUAUCAGACAAAUCAGAGAUUGGAGAAUCAAAUGUUGGUUUGGAAAGAGGAGAUAAAAGCUAGUCUCAGCACCAGGAGAAAGUUAAUUGAUCAUUUAUCUAUGAUGUCCAGUAAACAUUUCAGAAAGCAAGAGUUGUCUGAUGUUGAAUUUAAAGAAUAUAAUCCUUUGUUUCAUCCAGAAGAAGGAGCUCACCCAUUAGGUUACUUUUUUCUUGUAGAUGAACUUAUGAGCUUAAUCAGAUAUCCUGCUAUGGCAAGCAAUUUAACACACAGAUAUUAUGCUCUCAAAGUUAUUCGAUAUUUGAAACAGAGUCACUUGAAGAACGAGUGGCAAAAAUUUGUAUCUCUACCAGCAAAAGAGCAAACCUUAGAAUGCGGUGCAACUAUUGUAGCACAGUGGAGUCAGCCAGAAAGAGAUGUAUCAUACUCAUCGGUAUCAUCAGCCUUAGAUAAUAUUGCACAGCAAACCAAAGAAUUACUGAGAGAACAAUAUCCAAAUCAUUCUAUAUUUUCAACUCCAGAAGAGCAGUUUAUUCAUUGGAAAAAUAAUAUUAUAGAUGACAAUCAGUGGAGCAUUACAGAAACAAAACAAGUAACAAAUGCAUUGUGUGAAGUAUUAUUUCAGAAAUUAGGGUUCUAUGGGAAUAGUGCAAUGUAUUAUUCCUUAGAAAGUUCAUUUAUAGAUCGUGUUUUAGAGCACAAAUGCGGGAUUCCUAUUACUUUAGCAAUAGUAUUUGAAAGCGUUGCUCGAAGACUCGGUAUACGGUGUGAGCCUGUUAGUUUUCCAUCACAUUUUUUGUUAAGAUGGAAGGAAACAUAUGGUCCAAAAUCAAAAGACAAGGAAAACUUUUAUAUCGACGUCUUCAAUGGUGGCGAGUUUCUAACUAAGAAAGAUUGUCCAAGAAUCGGUGAUUCUAAAUGUCCAAUAGCAAAAUAUAAUGUCCAUGAAGCAGCAACUGCUGUGGAGGUAAUAACAAAAAUGGCAAGUAACAUAGAAACAGCUGCUAGACAACAUACUCAGAUAAACAUCAGAACUGCAAGACUACGUUCAGCUCUCGAGCUUCGAUAUAUGAUAGAACCAAGUGAUACAGACAUAAUUUUACAACUAGGUCGUAUAUACCUCUUACAGGAUAUGGAUUUAACCGAAUUAGUGAAAAUCGUAGAAAAUAUGCAAAAAGAUUCAGAACUGACAUCAAGAGGACAGGCAAAUGAUAUUUCCCAAAGGUUUAAAAACAUUCAGCAAUGUCACAAAAAUUUGCAGUUAGAAGAAGAAGUAAAACCGAAGGAAAGAGUGCCAGGCGUGAAAUAUGCGAUAGGGUUGAUAAUGAAACAUAAGGUACUUGGAUAUCUGUGUGUAAUAACAGGAUGGGAUGCACGCCUCGUGCCGUCUCCUAAACGGAUGAACGUAUGGAAUGAAAUGAACGUAGAUGCAGAUACAUUCUACAACGUAUUUGUGGACGAUGGAUCGUGUCAGUAUGUGGCUCAAGAAAAUUUGCAACUCGCUUCGAAUCCAGAAUGGAUAAAUCAUCAUGCGAUUGGUAGGUAUUUUUAUAAAUUUAAUGGUACUCAUUACGUACCAAACGAAGAAGAAGCAAGAGAGUAUCCAGAAGACGAAAAAGUUCGUAAUGAAUUGCUUGCUAAACACGAAAUGUCGCUUAAUACCACUUAAUAUUUUAUUUAUUUUUCCAACUAAAAUGCAAGUUAAUAAGAUAAAUAUUUUUUUCUGUAUCAUAUUCAUUGAUAGUGCUGAAAAUCGUAUUUCUAUAAAAAAAAUAAGAAUUUUUUUUAGUAAGCUUCUAUGCACUUACUGUAAAUAAAAAAAAUCAGAAAAAUUUUUCUUUUUUAGUACUGAACAUAGGUGUAAAAUUGUAUAUGUAUAUGAAAAUUUUAGUAGGCUAUACAUAUAUACAUAAAAGUUUUGGAUUAUAUAACACGGUUAAGUAUGUAAAUGCAUACACACUAUUGCUCAUUGAUAACAUUUAUCAUUAAUGCUACAUGAUAAUUCGAAAAACGUAGAGCAACUUUUAACUCUUAAAAAUCAGUUCAUAUGUGAUAUAAAUGUGUAUUGAAUACACUGCUAUUUGUAAUGAGAAUGAGAAGUAGUUCAUGUUCUUAUAACAUCGUUUUGUUAAGUAUCAAUUCCUGAUCUACAAACAGUAGUUAAAGUGUAUUUUUCAAUGAAGUAUAUACAUUUUUAAUGAAUAAUGUACAACGAGUUUCAGAAUAGCAUUAAAUAAGAUUUAACUACAUAACGAGUAGAAUGAUGAAGGUAUUUAUUUAAUUGUGGUCUUUAUUUUAUUUUUCUGUCAUGGGCUGUGCUCGCUUUAUAUAUAUAUAUUGAUAAUCAACCACAUAAAAACAACACAAAAUUUCUUUUCUCUAUAUUUGUAACACCAUAACCAUUGAAAAAAUAAACAUACUGAGUAUUUUGAUACUAUACAAUAUAUUAAUACAUGAAUUUUUCUGAAAGUGUAAUAUACGCGCGUAUAAUAAAUAAUGUAAAUUGAACUAUUUAAUAUGGAAUGAUAUUUGUCAGAUUUUCUUUAUAUGCUUUUUAAGCUGAAAGAAGAAUCGACUGGUUACUAAUAUUCAGUUACAGCUAACAAAUUGUAUCAUAGCAAAUACGGAAUUAUUUAUUCAAUAUUUAUAAAAUGAUACACGUAUUAUUCGUGUUCAUUAAUAAAAUUUAGUACUUGCUAUAAAACGUCGAAUUAAUUUGAACAUUACACUUACCAUGUUAGCAGAUUCAAAAAUGAAAUUUCUAAUUCUUACUAGUUUUAAUAAUAUUAAUGUAUAGAUAAAUAAAAAAUCACAGUAUAUUUGUAACGUUAAAUACAACAGAUGCACUUUAAAGGGAACUUCAUGAAUUACUUUCCUCUAACGAUCUGUAAUAAAAAUGAUAUAAUGCAAUUACAAAAGACUAAUAACAAUAUUUCUUCAACAAAUAGAAAAAUGUACUUACUUUUCAGCAGUACAUUUAUUAGAAGUAUCGUUAGAAGAUAUUUGCAUAGUAGCCUCUAAAAUGUUUUUCUGACCUGAAAUUGUUAAAAAUAUUUUAGAACUCCGUAUCAAUUAUAUAUAUUGCAUACUAUACAAAAUGAACUGCAUUUACUAUGCUUGUGUUGGUACAGUGCUGGAGCCCAGCUGUAAUUGUUGGGGCUCGGUACAGCAUCUGUUGUACUGCUUGUAGAAGAUGAUGGAACAUCAGGUCCUAAUGAGAGGGCAGUGGAUUUAAUACUAGUAGCAGUGCAACCAUUGCUUUUUCCAUCAGGUGAAAUAUUUUUCCUGUAUAUAAUCCACCAUUGUUAAACUGUAUUAAAAAAUUACUUAUACCCUUA